AAUUAUCUGUGUAUACUGUAUAUAUCUGUUUACACUUCAUUUUCUUAAAACUUUUAGGUUAUGAUCACUAUGAUGUAAAAAAUAUUGUUUGUAAAGUGCAUGAUAGUUUAAGUUUAACAGUAAAUGCAAGUAAUUUUAUAGAGUAUGAGAAUUCGAAGGCCCCGAAAUUUAACAAAUGGACAAAUCGCUUUGGUCACUGUAUUAGGGGUUCUUGGCGGAGUUUACAUUUGGAAACCAAUCAUAAGAGAAUCUUUUAUAAAAAAUCGAGCUGUCGAGGAAUCAAAGAAAUAGCACUAGAGGUCUAUAGAAAUGAGUAUGUUUAAGCGUUUUACACAAUCUGGGCUUUUGCCUAAGGCAUACAUGGCAAUUGCAUUCACAGGUGUUACAAUUGUAACAUAUAAAAUGUGGAUAGGCCCUUACGUAAGAAAGCAACGCUAUAAAGAAGCAGAAGCCUGGGCUAUGAUGGUGAUUGAAGAAGAGGAAAGGCAAUUAAAUAGGGAAUAGCUCUUAUCGUUGAAAUUAAUAAGUUGUUUAAAUGUAUAGAAAAUAAAAAAAAGUUUUAUGCAACAAA